AUGGAUGCACUUCACUCAAAGGUUGCUGAACUUGAGCGUACCGUGAAUGUAAUUUCGAGAAAAAAUCAUUUUUCAUGGAACAAUCAACAAUCGAAAAAUUUGCUUUUUUCCAAAAGUGGAUUCAGAAACAUGGAAGGAUCCUCUGAACACAACCGUUUGCAACAACAGAAGCGAAUAUUCCAACAGUUACAAUCUCAGAUGUUGCCACGACCUGUUACACGCGCGCACUUAUUAGUCCCUCAAGGCCAGUUAGAACCACAAAAUUCUUUUGAAAAGCGAAUGGUAUCUUGGCAGCCGGUAAAAAGAGAAGAUCCACUUCUAUGGACAGAGGAAAUAAGUGAACAAAAAAUUUAUGAUGCAAUAGCAAGAGAGAAAGGCAAGUCUUACUCAAUGUUAACCAUCGAGCAACAACUUGCUGUCCUCCGUGCUGGUGAACGCCUCGGUAUUUCACCUGAAGCGAUUCUUGAACAUUUAAGGAUCCAAAACGGAGGUGGAUGAAGGGAAA